CCCUGUUAAUUAAAUGACAAAAACGUUAUGUCCUUGUCAAAUAAUUACACGAAAUAUAUACGUCAAGUCGUAAAAAAAAAUUAAUUAAAUCAAACUAAGCUGUUACUCGCAUUAUUUUGAGGUGAAUAUGUGCUAAGAAAUUAUUGUCUUGAAUAAACAAUCAAAUGUCCGAAGAAACAGAUUCCGAAAGCAACCUUACUCAAAAUGAUAGCUUCCCAGUCGUGUUUUUACGACACAAAUUGGGGAUCAAGUCCGAAGAUCGGUACAUGAUUGACAUGGCCUUAGCCCUAAAAAACUUUGGGCACAGGGUGACUUUUUUUACUACUAAACUGGACAAUCUUGAAUGCUUCGAGGAAAUAGAUCCUAUCAGGGGAUGUCUCCCGGUACUUCACUCCGGCUGGUGGAUACCGGAUAGCAUCCUGGGAAUGUUUAGAAGAACGAUGGUUUUUCUAAAAUCACUCUGGUUGGUUAUGAGAAUGAUCUUUGUUCCUCCUGCUCCGAAACCGAAAGUCAUCAUUCUAGACGUUCAUCCACUAGGGCUUACAUUUCUUAAAGUAUUAAGCAAGUACAGGACUAUCUUCAUCCAACAUUUUCCGAUGAUUCAAGCGCUGGACAUUUCCGAAUACAGGCAUCUGAAUCCGCGUUACGAAGUAGCGAAUGCAUUGAAUCAUGCGACGGAAAUAAUUGUCCAAACGAGCUGUUUAGCUCAAGUUUUUCGGCAUUUAUAUCCAAACUGUAAAAAGCAACUAAGGAUUUUAUGCCCCUGCGUCGACGUGGGACUGUGGAAUGAGCCUUCAGCCAACCUUUCUCGCAUUAUUCCCGACUUGCCAAGAAAUGCAAUCAUGUUUGUCGUAUUUGGAGACUACCGAAAGAGAUCGAACUUUAAAUUGGCUCUCGAUUCCUUAGAAUAUUUACUCAGAAUGUUAGAAGACCCUAUCAAAGAAGAUAUUCAUAUGAUAAUAGCAGGGCAUUGCAGUGAAAAAUCUAACGAGCAACUUCAGUACUAUCAAGAAUUGGUUGAGGUCACCUCGGAAAAAUCUUACGGAGCUCAGGUCACGUUUCUGCGUCAACUACCCACUUUGCAUAAGAAAACCCUGAUAGAAAACUGCGUGGCAGUUGUACAUCCUGUGAAAAACGAUCUCUAUCCCGGACCUCUACUAGCAGCUAUGAGUUUAGGCAAACCCGUAAUCGCAGUCAAUAGUGGCUUUCCUAGUGAAAUUGUGACCCACAGAAUUUCUGGAAUUUUGGUCGAUCCGUUGCCAGAGAAAUUUGCCGCGGCAAUGUACAAGCUCGCAACCAAACCGAUAGUUCAACAUUUCAUUGGUCAAAUGGCGAAGGACACGUUCAGGUCGCACUUCACUUUCCAAAACUUUUCAAGAAAGUUACACUCAGUGGUAACGAAUUCACGAAAACUAUCUAUUGAUAAUAUGUAAGAAAAAUCGCAAAUAUAAUUGUAUUUUGCUCAUACUUUAUUCGCUUUUACGAGCGAAAUUUGUACAAUAACGUACUAAUGAAACGUUUAGGAGGUUUAAACAAUAAAUCUUUUAGUCACUUGGCAAA